AUGGCCGACGGGGAGGACGCCGCCGCCGCACGCCGACGGGCAGCCAUCACCGACUACCGCAAGAAGCUGCUCAACUGCAGGGAGCUCGAGUCGCGCGUCGGAACCGUGAGAGAAAGCCUUAAAAAUGCAAAGAAGGAUUUUACCAAGACUGAAGAUGACUUGAAGUCUCUGCAGAGCGUGGGGCAAAUAAUUGGAGAGGUUCUCCGACCUCUUGAUAAUGAACGCUUUAUUGUGAAGGCCAGCAGUGGUCCCCGAUACGUGGUCGGUUGCCGAAGUAAAGUGGACAAGGAGAAGUUGACGUCUGGAACUCGUGUUGUACUUGACAUGACGACCUUGACAAUAAUGCGCACUCUUCCACGGGAGGUGGAUCCUGUGGUAUAUAACAUGCUUCAUGAAGAUCCAGGAAAUGUCAGUUACUCCGCUGUAGGCGGUUUGUCUGAUCAGAUUAGAGAGCUCAGGGAGUCCAUUGAGUUACCUCUUAUGAACCCUGAACUCUUUCUUCGUGUGGGAAUUAAGCCUCCUAAGGGUGUUCUACUCUACGGUCCUCCAGGAACUGGGAAGACCCUAUUGGCAAGGGCUAUCGCAAGUAACAUCGAUGCUAACUUUCUGAAGAUUGUUUCAAGUGCUAUUAUCGACAAAUACAUUGGAGAAAGUGCACGUUUGAUUAGAGAAAUGUUUGGCUAUGCACGGGAUCACCAACCAUGCAUCAUCUUCAUGGAUGAAAUUGAUGCCAUUGGUGGGCGAAGAUUUAGUGAGGGAACUAGUGCUGAUCGUGAGAUCCAGCGGACGUUGAUGGAGCUCCUUAACCAAUUAGACGGAUUUGACGAGCUAGGAAAGGUAAAGAUGAUCAUGGCCACGAAUCGACCUGAUGUUCUGGACCCCGCGCUCCUACGUCCUGGACGUUUAGACAGGAAGAUUGAAAUUCCGCUACCCAACGAGCAAUCAAGAAUGGAAGUUCUGAAAAUCCAUGCAGCUGGUAUCGCCAAGCAUGGGGAAAUUGAUUACGAAGCAGUUGUAAAACUAGCUGAAGGUUUCAAUGGGGCUGAUCUUCGGAACGUGUGCACUGAAGCUGGUAUGGCUGCAAUUCGUGCAGAGAGAGAUUAUGUAGUCCACGAAGACUUCAUGAAGGCUGUGCGGAAGCUCAAUGAUGCAAAAAAGCUGGAAUCGAGUGCACAUUACAGUGCAGAUUUUGGCAAAGAUGAGGAGGAUUGUCAAGAUGACCAGUGGGAGAAACCAUUCGAGAAUUUAGUAGUUUUGCACCAGAUGCUCUUUGCUUCUGUAAAUCAUACGUUAUCUGCUUCCGUGCGUGUUAGUCUGAGGAGAAAAGAACAAUUUGUAUUCAUCCUGAACUACGAUUUCCCCUCAUUUGCACUUGGAAAAUUGGAUUGGUACCAUUAA